UUCCUGUGCUACUUAGAAGGAAAAUGAGCCAAACAAAGAGAAGGCAAGAGGACAUUUGGAGUCCCCUGUGAAGCUCCACGCGUGCGGCCAAUCAAAAACUGGUCCUCGGACCGCCCCGGUGCCACCAGACCUUCCCCCGUCGUCCAAACGGCCAUUUUCCGAUGUGCAGGUGAGCCCCGAGGCAGUAGAGAGCCUCGCUAAGAAGAGCAACGAGCACUACAAACGAUGCCACCACGUUCCCGACGAGACCUUCGCCAUUCACACCGGCCUCACCGGAGCCUUCUCCGGCGUGGGGAUCACGAUCGCCAGCGACAACGGCGCCCUCUCCCUCAAGCGCUCCAGUCCGGUCACAGUGGCCAAAAGCCUCUUUUCCGAAAUGGGAGAAUCGGCACUAGAGGAGAAGCACUUUGAGAAGUUGUUGGAGUGCAGCUUCACAUCGCCGCUGGGGAGCAGCGGGGUUUGCCGCAGUUUGAGUCUGGACUCUGACGUCUCCAGCGGUGAAACGUCGCCCACCACCGACAGCCGUAAUCCAGCAGACCACGUCAGAGCUGCCGAAAAUAGCGCCUCACCUUCCCCCGAGAAAGGCGCCGCGUCGUCCCGUCGACAGACCCACUGCUCUUCCUCAUCGCCCCGCGCCACGGCAACACCGGUGUCCCUCGGCCGACCCGAGUGCUCCUUCCUGCGGCCCAAGAACGUGGUGGCGUUCCGGAGCUACUGCAGCUCCAUCAAUCGCUCCAAUGUGUCGCGGCUCAGCGUAGGUUCCGCCUUGGACGCGUCCUCGCCCGCCAUCUGCCUCGCCACACCGGUUCAGAGGAGGAUCAGCUCUGGAAGCUCGCUCUACCAGACUCCUCGGACCAUGUCCACCUCGCACACCCCUUACCGUACUCCCAAAAGUGUGCGACGGGGGCCGCCGCCCGCUGAGGGGGCGCCCAUUUUAGGGACUCCGGACUAUUUGGCCCCGGAGCUGCUUUUGCGGGCCUCUCACGGGAGGUGUCGAUGCGGUAAGUGU